AUGAACCAUCUCAAUCUCAUCAUUGCCUUGAUGGCGAUCCUCAUGAUGACUGUGGCAACCCCUAUCACUCAGCACGGUGAAAUCCAGGACUUUGAUCUCCCCCAGGAUGCACCAGGAGUUGACGUCGAGGAGCCCAUUGACAAGCGCCGGAAAUGUCCCAAUGGAUGGGCAUUCUGUGGAAGAUGCAACGGCACCAGUUGCAAAAUUGCAGGAGUCAACUAG